AUGUCUGACCCCGAUAACAUUGUUGAGCGGCUGCUGGAAGCCAUUAAACAACACCCCUGUGUCUAUGACACAAAACGACUAGAUUUCCGCGACCAGCAGCGCAAGGCAACGCAUGGGAGCAGAUCAGACAGAGCAGCGGUCUCGCCACAGUUUUUGUGUCCUCCGUUGCGGUUUGUAGUGGAAGAAUGCCACAAGCUGUGGAAGCGGUUAAGGGACCGGUUCACCCGCGAGCUCAAAGUCAUUGAGCUCGCGACGAGGAGCGGCAGCGGAUACGUGCCGACGCAAACGUGGGAGUUCGCCGCUGCCAUGGAAUUUUACAAGCAGUGUGGUCGUCCGAGGAAAACAACCAGCAACGUGGGCUCGGCGGGCCUACCAGGAGAGGAAGAUAGUGCCUCCACUCCAGAGGCAAUUUUUCAUACAAUGGUAGAUGGAACGACAACGCCACCCCCCACCAGCAGCAACGACAUUAGCCUGGAAGCCCCAGCAGCAAAUCCUUGGGAACCUGCUUGCCAGGGAGAUCGCACGGUGGGGGAGCCACCCUCAAAACGACCCAAAAAGUCGCAAUGUUGCUACUACUUUGAGCAGCAACUCCUUUCCCAACUUGGCAAGCAGAUGACUGAGAAUGAGGCAUUAACACAGUCUAUAGCCAUUAGCCUUGACAGAAUGCCAAGGGCAGUUGCUUCAAGGUGCAAGGCAAGAAUAAUGGCGCUCAUCGCCGAAUUUUAUGACUCUUAG